AUGGACGACUCCGAUGGCGCUGAGGAGCGCUUUACCGAGCUCGCUGCCCUCGAGGCCAUCUUUCCCGAGAUUAAGAAACACGAUGACCCUUCCGCCGUAUCAUUCUCGCUGGACCUACCAGUCCAUCCCUCCAACCCCAUCACCGUCACGUAUCCUGCGGCCUCUGGAACAGCGGAACUUACUACGGCGACUCUGACGGGUUCGGAUGAAGAAGCACCCGGUGCCAUGGACUCGCAGGUGCUUGCACAUCUACCUGCUGUUAACCUGCGCCUUUCUUUACCGGAAGGAUACCCCGCCGAACGACCUCCAUCAGUCACGAUUUCGACCACACCGCCGUGGCUUCCGCUCGAGACUACAAAGAAGUUGGAAGAGGAGGGACCUCGCAUGUGGGAAGAGAUGGGCCACAAUAUGGUUGCCUUUGCUUAUAUCGACCAUGUUCAGCAGGCAGCUGAAAAUGUCUUCGGUCUGAUUAACGAUGACGGAACCCUUGGGGUAGACCCGCGACACAUGAUCUCCAUCCUGGACUAUGAUGUCAGGGCCAGACGCGAGACUUUUGAGAGGGAGACCUUUGAUUGUGGGGUUUGUCUAGAACCCAAGAAGGGAGCCGUAUGUCAUAGGAUGCUCGAAUGUGGUCACGUCUUUUGCACUGCUUGUCUGCAAGAUUUCUAUAAAACGGCCAUCACCGAAGGAGACCUUGCCGUCGUUAGAUGUCUCACCCCGAACUGCGCCAAGGAUCGCGCCGCAGCUCAGGCGGAGGCCGGAUCGGGAAAGAGACGCAGAGUCAGAGCCUUUCUUAGUCCCAGCGAGCUCUUGCAGAUGGGCCUCUCCCAGGAAAUUGUCUCCCGAUACGUAACGCUCAAGUACAAGACCGAACUCGAGUCGGACAAGAACACCAUCUACUGUCCACGCUCGUGGUGCGACGGGGCCGCGAGAUCAAAGAAGCACAAGAAGCCCGAGGGUCUCGAACUCGUUGAGGUUUCAGACGACGAAGAAGCGGAAAAGUCGGACGAGAAAGACGACAAAGGGAAGAAGACGAAAAAGUCCGAGGAUCCGUCGGAGCGCCUGGCCAUUUGCGAGGACUGCGGCUUUGCCUUUUGCAGCCGCUGCUUUCAGUCCUGGCAUGGCGAGUUCUUCUUAUGCAUACCCAGACGCGACUCGGACGAGAUCACGCCCGAGGAGCAGGCAUCUAUCGACUACAUUGCCCACCACACCACGUCCUGCCCGACGUGCGGCGUUCCCUCUCAGAAGACCCGUGGAUGCAACCACAUGAUCUGCUUCCGCUGUCAAACGCACUUUUGCUACCUCUGCGCCGCCUGGCUUCCCCCGGCGAGCCCCUUCGAGCACUACAACGAGCGGCCUGAUGGUAGCAGAACAGGAUGCUAUAUGCGGCUCUGGGAGUUGGAGAAUGGUGACGGCAAUGACGUAGGUUACGGGUUCUUAGGGGGGCGAGCGAACAACCGGCGGCGUGGGAGGAAUCAAGCCGUCGCUGUCCCCCGGGUUAGAGAGGUUGUCAAUGUGGACGAUGAGGACGGUCCUGCGAGACCUGAAGGUGACGACCAACAACAACAAAAUGCCGAGGUUGCGGUGGCUCUCGAGGCACCUCUAGUUCUUCGCAUCGGCGGCCAAGCACCGCCCCGAGAUCAACAACCCCGAGGUCGAGGGCGCGGGCAAGGGGCUGGCCGUCCCCUCGCUACACCCGCACCGCCUGCGGCGGAUCAAGCAGCACGAGGCGGAAGAGGGGGGGCCAUUGGACGGGGAACCGGGGGUGACUUUCGAAAUGGGGGGAGGCGGAUUCCCGUCCGGAUGAGGGGAAGACUAGACGAUGCGCUCCAUCCCGCCGAUGCGGCUUGGGUGAGGAACUUUGUUGAGAUGGCGCUCAACGACGAGGAGAACUCGGAGGACAGCGACGACGAAGAGAUGCCAAUCGUGGCCCCUCUUGUCCACUGA